GUACUUUUACAAUUCAAAGGUUGCCUUUGAAAUAAAAAUCUUCACAUUGAAAUGGAACUCACCCCAGUCUACAAGGCCGUCAAACAGGCCAUCGUCAAGGGCGCAAUGAUGUGCGCCGGGCUGGGCCUUGUUGUCCUGCUUGUCGGCGCGGUGUGGAAGGCAGCCACCACCGCCUCGCGGGUGUGCGAGGUGGUGCAGGCGUGGGAGGACAAGGGCCUCCACGCCACCAAGGUGUGGCGGGCGCGGGAGCUGCUGGCCCGCCAAGUAUGGCUCGGCCCCCUGCGCCCCAGUUCCCCUCUGGAUCCCCUGGAGGCCUGCGGGCUGGUGUCGGUCCAGGCGUCGGCCUGCUGGUGGCGGCUGCUGCUGCAGCCCCGCCAGGCAGGGCGGCUCCUUGCCUGCCUGGAGGAGCGGGUUAUUGAAGCCGAGCACGACCACGAGGCUUUCGGAGUUCGCCUGUGUUGGGGCGUCGCCCUGGCGCUGGUGGUGCCUCUGGGCCUCUUGGCCGCGCGUCACCUCCUCCGCCGCAGAGUAAAGGGAGUUACUGGGCAACAGGAGAGCCCAAGUGUCGACUAUUUCGUAGAUGCCCCUGAAGCCGAUGCCUGCAAGGCACUGGUGGAAGACUGGGCAACACCGGCAGCCGAUAGUGAUGUAAUGGAGGAAACUUGGACAACAGCGACAACAGCUGUUGAAGAGAUCAAUGAAGAGGAAUGCUGGGCAACGCCAGCAGAGUAUAUGGAGGAGUUGACGGUAACGGAAGAGGAAAGCAAGGACACGGAAACAGAUGAUGAUUCUGUAGGCGCAGAGUCUACACCUACAGACUUAUCCCCUGCAGUAGACAACUCUGUGGAGUCUGAGGUGGCGAAAGAUAAUGAGGAAAUGGACGUGCUGGCCACCGCAGAGAAUGUGGAGUGUAAGAAAGUGAAGGAAGAAGGCGGUGGCGAAGAGAACAUUGAGAUGGAAAGAACAGGUGAUGCAGAUAACAAGGCCGCCGAUACAGCAGAGGAAGCGGCCGAAGUGCCGCCAGUUUCUGGCGACUUUAUGCAAGGCAAAGUGGUGAGCAAGGAUCCCGUGGGUCUCGCGGGCCACGAGUCGCAAAGCAGCACGUUGGCGGCGGAGGCGGUGCCCUUCGAGGGGAAGGCAGUCACGAAAAAGAAAAGGAAAAAGAGGCGCAAGAAGCUGGACCCUGCAGUAGAUGUGCUGAAGGCAUCUGGUGAAGCACAUGUCAAAGACGAUUACAAAACGGAUGCCAAGACUGACGCAAAGAAGGAGGCGGCACCAAACGCUGAGACCAUGGGAAAGACGAUGCCAAGGGCUAAGACCAAGGGAAAGGUGGUACAAAAGACUGAGACCAAGGGAAAGGCGGUGCCAAACGCUGAGGUCAAGGUAAAAGCGGUGCCAAAAGAUGAGAUCAAGGGAAAAGCAAUGACUCCUGCUGAUGGGAAAGAGACCAAAGCAGUGAAGGAGAAUGUUACGUUGAAGCAGGUCACGCGGAGGAAAAAUAAACCUGCAGCGACACAACCUAUGACACCCCCGCCAAGCCAGCCCCUCCAUAGCGUGCGGCAGUCCUGGCAGGAGGACGUGGUGACGGUGCGGCUGCCGGUGCCGCCGGCCAGACGGAGGCACGUAAUCGGCCAGCGCGGGGACAUAGUCCGGCAGCUGCGGCGGGACUACCCUGGCGUGCACGUGGCGGUGCCGCUGCCGGAGGACCCCGACGCCCACGUGACCUUCAGGGGCCCCAAUAGCCAGGCGGCCGCCGCGUCGCGGGAAGUCGCCAAGCGCCUCCAGGUCAUCGAGGCUCAGAUCCGCGAGGCCGCGCGACGCCGCCAGGAGACCGUGGCCACGGCGGUGCUGGACGUGGCGCCCAACAGGCGGCGCCUCGUGGUGGGACCCGGGGGCGAGGAGCUCCUGAAGCUGAAGCAGCAGCACCCCGGCGUGAGGGUGUCGGUGCCGCCCUCCAACGACACGGAGUCCCGUAGCGUCACCAUCAGUGGGCCGCCCGCCGAGGUUCGCGCCGUCCAGGCCAAGAUCAAAAACCGCCUGGCAACGCUCGAGCAGCAGCGAAAGCUCAUCAGGGCCAGCUGGCGGAGGCGACGCCGAGGAGCGGCUUCGGCGCCAGGGGCUUCCCCGGCCAAGGGUUGCUAAAGUGUUGACGCCAGUUGCCGCUGUAUCCGUGUCCACAGUGUUGUGGCGGCCCGCGGGGAAUGUUUCAGGAUUUCCACGGAGAUUACUUACUUAGCUGUGUUUCUUACUUAAUAUC